CUCUGCUAUUUCCAAUUGGGUAACUACAGUCACAGGUUCAGAUCAAUAGUCGCUCCUGAAAAUUUCACCCUAGUAUAAAGAUAUCAGUAUUUGAAAUGUUCAAAGAGAACUUCUAGUUUUUCUGAUGAAGUGCUAGAACUCACUUUGGCUGUAAUUUAGGGUAACAGUUUAAAUGUUGCCACCACCUUAUUGAUUCUUGGUUCCAUUCUGAAGUAAUCUGCGAUUUCUUAGUUCUAGAUCCAAGGAUGUGUGACAUCAUAUGAUUUAAAACAAAAUUCCUUUGAUUCAUUUUUUGUAAUUAAAUUCUUUUUUAAUAUCACAUUCCGUCCAGGAGAGGAACACCUAUUUGAUUUCAAGGAGGUAACCUGCUGCUUGUUGUUAGAAACUUUGUGUGGAGGUAAUGAUAGGUUUAAUAACUUGGGCAUUCAAGUUAUUGAGUGGCCAUUCACUCUUGAUCAGCCCUGGUAGCAACAGUUUCUGGAUUUGUAAAUGAAUGUCACUUUUCAGCUAGGCUUUCAACAGGUUAUAUAAAAAGAUUCAAAAUUAGUGUGGAUCUGAAGAGGAAUUUUGAAGAUAGUGUUACUCCAGCAGACAUGAAACAAUUACAUAGCUGCCAAGUUAUCCCUUUUUUUUUAAGGGAUUUUCCCUUAUGCUGAAUAGGCUUCCUCGUGAGAAAAGGGAAAACUUGGCAGCUAUGCAAUUAGAUUUUAGCUAUCUCGGGUCUUACCACAAUACGUAUUCUGGUUUAACCUAGGUGAUCUAAUGGUGCUUUUAUCAGCCAUCAUUUCUACUUUAUUUAGAAGAAAGAAUAGUCAUUCAUGAAGCUCACUGUGUGAUACCAGGUUAGCCACCUCCUUCUUACAUCACCUACCAUACAUAGUUGCUGGCAGAGGGGGCCCUUUUGAAUGUUCAGCACCCUCAGAUAUUGGACAGUGGCAGUCUGGGAGAGGGAAUCCUCUGUGGCAGCCCCUAAGUUGUGGGGAUCUCCACAGAGGUGCUUUUGGCACCUUCAGCAAAUGCUGAAGACUCUUUACCCUGGCUUUUGACACUUGAGAUGUAUAUUUUUUGGACCCACCUUAUUUCUAUAAUUUUAUGUUGUUUUAAACUCUAUUUAAUAUUGUGUAAUGUUGUGUUUUAAUAAUAACGUUGGGUUAUAAUCCUCGUACCUGCCCAGGGACCUUAGGGUGAAGGGCAGGUAAUUAAUUGUAAUAAUAAUAGUACUGUAAUAAUAUUGUGCUGUAUGUUUGCAGUGAAAGGCUAAAUUGUCCCCAGGUUCCUAGGAAGCUUCCUGCAGCAUAAUACAUAGGUGUGAAAUUGCCAGUAUUGAUUAUUUAAGUGGUGGUUUCCUCAGCUGCUUCCCCCUCCCCCAAGUUUCUUCUGUGUUAGGAUUUCAUUUUGAGUGCUGUAGCCCUUUAACUAUGCUGCCACUUUCUAUUUGUUUGUUUAUAUAUUUUCUUACUUAUUACACUUCAUUCCCGCCUUUCCUCCCAAAGAGAUUGGGGUGUCUUGCAAGCAUUUUCCUCUCUCUUCUCUCCACUCUCGCUGCCCCAUAUUAUCCUCACAACAGUGCUGUAAAAUAGAUUAAAUUAAGAGAACAUGAUGGGCCUAAAUCUCACCAAGUAAGUCACAUGACUGGGAAUUUGAACUUGGAUCAAUGCAGUGUUAGUCUGGCACUCUAACCACUAUGCUGCAUUUGCUCUAUGCUGGGCCACGUUUUAUUUCCAACCACAUGAACUAAAUACUUCUCAGAAGGUCUGUAGUUGGAAUGGUUUUGGAUUUCCAAGAUCUUCUAUAUUCUGUAUCGGAGACUAAUUUUGCAACAAGAUCAUGCCUAUUGAAAAAAAAAUCUGGUGAUUAGAAAGCAACAUUAGAGUCUCUUUUGCCAUUCUCCUCAAGACCGUCCAUUUCUGAAAGAAGAUUGUGGAGGAAAUCAGAAGACAUGUUUGUAGCAGAAGAGGGGGGGGGAAUGGUACAUGGAAGGAGUAGCAACUUUGGAGCAAACCAGGAAAUUGCUUUUCUUUUGUCUGCUGUGGCAGAGAGGGCACUGGUGUGGAAAAGUGUAUUUUGCUGAUUUGAACUUGAGUGAAAUGGGUAAUGAAGACAGAUCAAUACUGGCCCCUCUGCAUUGCCUCACUCGAGGAAAAAGAGCUGCCUGUGUGUCUGCUGUGUAGCUGAUUUCCCCCACUUGGUCUCACUGCAGUUAUUUCUCUUGCACUCUUCCUGACAGAAUUUUGUUCCUAUGUGCUACACUCCGAACUGGUUUGCACAUCACUUUAAACCAUAGUUUAAAUUACACAGGUAUAAUUUGAACAAGCAACAUGCGGGUGCAAAAGUCUCGUUGGCUUACCAUCAUGGUUUGCCAGGAGAGAAAAAAACCAUGAGCCCUGGUUCACACAUGAAAGCUACCCAGCCUCUGGUUUGUUGCUUCAGCGGCACAUUGAAGAAAGUAGCUGGGAGGAGUGAAGUGUGUUGUCUUUUGAGCAGCACGCGUCAUUGAACAUUAAUGUGACAUGUGAACCAAGCCUCUGUCCCGCUUGAGCAUUUCACCACUACUUGCUCUCGCUUUAUGUGAUUGAUUUCAAGAAAAUUUGAGCUCGUUUUGAACAGAUACUGUGUGGCAGCACUGUCCUCAGUCUAAAGUGCCCCUGCACGUAGGACAGGAGUCGCUUGUACCAGGAUGAUAGGAAAACUUGGUGCAGGUCUGAUGUACAGCCUGACUUACACGAGCCUUAGGAAAUCAACAAAUGCAGAUGCAACCUUAGAAGGCCGUUAGGGUAACAUAAAACAUCAGACAUGACCUUGUUCCUAGUUUGUUUACUAUCAAGGAAUGUUAAUGUACAUUCUUCAUCUUUGAUUCUUAGACCUCUGUGGGUUGCAAGAGACAUAACAUGCAUGUGUAUAUCAUACUCCAUUUGGAGUGAUAACAUGUGGUUUCAACUGAACCAAUUUCCUUGAGGAAAGUUCUUUCCCAAGAAUUUUUAAUAAUGUUUUAUGCAUCUUGCUUCAAAUUACAGAAGUUUAUAAUCGGGUUCUGUACAACUGUGUAGGUGUAAUGUUGGACCUAAAGCUGUAGGCAGAUACCAGGGUAGGCCAAUAAGAAUAAAUUAUGAAUAGGACUGGUACUAGAUUGCUUGUUAACUUUAUGCAGGUUUAGAAAAUCAGACCAAAAUAUGUACAUGUGUGGCAUGUGGAUUGGUAUGUACCCAUUACUACAUUUUAUUAGAGGGGGCCACCAACCUUUUGGGGCCAGGGGACAUAUUUAGGUUCUUGAGAGAAUUGCAUGGGCACCAAUUUGUCUGGCUGCUUCUCUCCUCCAGGUCACCUCCCCCGCCCCAAUAGUCAGAGUGCAUGUGCACAAAUGCAAACAUGGAUUGGGUUGAUUUCAAGAGAAUGAGAUUAUCAUCUUUGUGUAAUGGGCCAUUCUCCCCUCCCAUCCCCUUCUCCCCCAAUCUAAGAGUUCUUCCGACCUUUAGAUUUCCCAUUGUGAUAUUGACUACUGCCCAUUAUUUGCUUUUCCAUGAGGUCUGGGUAAAAAUCAGAUCCAGUAAAAUUAAGUGAUCCUGUUGAAUUUGUGUUAUUUUCCUUAGGGGUCCCCCCCUUAAAAAAAUAAAUCACAGUACUCUAUAAUUAAAUCUUGCGUUGGUAAGUUGCACAGUAUCACAGAUCUGGUACUUGCAAGCACUACAUAAACAUUGAUCCAAAGCAUGGGUCCUCGUUUUGAGGGAAACCCUAGUAAAAAUUAGGAGGAACCGUGCUUUGAACUCACAUUACUUUGCCAUGUCAGAGGUUUUGCAGGCACUGGGGAAGACUUCAACAGUGUCAUUGUAGCAAUGGGCACCACAUGGCAACUCCAGGUAGGUGUAUGGAACAAGUUUUAGCUGUGUGUGAGCAGUUCCACCCCUGAACUUUCUCUUCUGACUACACCUGCAUUGAUUGCAGCUCGCUUGCUCUAUCCAGAUAUCUUCACAUAAUAGCUGUUGUUUUGCAUUCGCACAGAAUGUUUUACACAGCAAAACAAGAUUUCAAACAUUGCAUCGAACCAAAAUAUGAGCAGUAGCAUUCAGUAUUCCUGUCAUGCUCAUUCAGUCAUGUGAUCCCUUCUCCCUCUGUUCCUCAAAGACAAAUUGAUAUACUAGGUAAGGAAUUGCCUUCUACCUUGAAGAAUACUGUGACCUCUUUGACUCUUGGGAUAUUUUAUCCAGCUUCAAGCAAUAGGAGAUUUCAUCUAACACAGCCUUCAGCUGAAGACUUGUGUUAUGCUUCAUUAAUGACUCUUACCCUGAUUUAGAUGGCACAUUCCCUCCAGGGUUGGCAAUUCUUGCCAUAUUGCUUCUUUGGUACUGCAGUCUUACCUUAAGAAUCUGCUCUGCCAAGUUCUGCUGUCUACUUAUCUGUUUUGAAAUCACAAUAACGUCACUGAAUGUGGUGAGCUUUCGUCAGGAAACACACUUUCCACCACGCACUGGCUAUCCUUAUGCAUUUCACUCCUAACUCUGGUAUGGUGGGAUUCCAUUUAAGUAAGGCAUCCUGGAAAAGCAUCUCUAUUCAGAUGCAUUUUCAAAGCUUUGUUAGGAAGCCAGCGCUGUUAGUAAGCAGUUUUGUGGAAUGGCAACAGGCCAACAAGUGAGUCACUGCCUGCCUUAGCUCACUGUCUGCCAGAUGCCAGCUAUGACACACGCACACCCACAAACCAUUCUUGGAGAGAGAAAUUCAGCCUCUCUGUCUACAGACACAAUGCUUCUGUUGUUGGGAGUGCUAAUAUUCAGAGAACGGAGAAGAGUCUACAGUUCUUACAAAAGUAAAAAAGCAGACUUGGGACAAGGAGUUAGUUGAAGUUUCUGUAAAUCGGAACAUCAUUUUAUUAUUUCUGUCUUGUUGAGCUUGCAGUGUGCAAAGUCCUGAACUGACUGGUUGAUGCUAAAGUGGUUGAUCUUUCCUUUUAACAUGAGUUUCCUAUAAUGUUUGUUGAUUGUAUAAUUCCUAUUAAAUAUUUGAAAGUUUAUGCCCAAAAUUAAAGUAUCUUCUGCCCAGAUGGACUAAUGCUUUGGGAGUGUUUAACGGUAGAAACAAAUUCAAGCUUUCAUGUUGUAUGUUCAGAUGAUGUCAAAAUUGCUAUCAUGUUACUAUGGCUGUGUGAGCCAUUAAAACAGGCGUUUCUUGCUUCCAUUAUCUUCAGAUAUGCCAUCCUGCAUGCUGUAGCUGAAGGUGUUGCUACUAAAGAUAUUUAGGGUGAGCAGACUUCGCUUCCAUUUUGAUUGAAAAGUUGAUUUUGGAGUCCCCAAGAAAUGGACUGAAGCCCUUUGCCCCUUAAUUGAAGCCCCUGCUCUUAGCUUAUUGGUAACGUAUUUAUCUUGGUUCACACUGCUCGAGCUAGAAGGGAAAAGAAAAAUAGCUGGAUAGGGCAGUUAUGGCUAUGUAAAGUUAUGGAGCCUAUUGGUCUGUGUUAGUAUUGGGGGGCUGCUUCAGCAGAUUUUAAAUUCUGGAUUGUUUCCAUUAUCAGGAUCUUAGCAUGCUUUCUUGUUUUUAGCUUUUUUCCAGGUUUAAUAAACAACUUGAAUACGAGCACAUAAACUGUGUUCUUGGGAAUGGUGCUGCUGUUGCACAAGAUGAGCUAUAAACAGUCUGUCUUGUUUAAAUCUCCAGACAAUAGGUGUACACUAAGAGAGGAGAUAUAACAAGGAAGCAUUAUGAUUUGAAACCUCAUUUUUAACAAUGCUAAUUUCCUGUUAGUACUGGACGCAGUUUUGCAUCAUUGCCUGUGUCAAUAAGCAGAGUACAUGUGUUUAGCUUAUAACUUUGCAGGCCUGGUAUAUUAAACCACUUUUCAGCAUUUGAUUAGGGCAAAUGUUUUCUGUAAUGAGAUACAGCUACUGUGUUGAUAAUUCUUAUAAUAUUGGGUAGAAGAUCUUGAGGGAAGUAGAUGAUAUUAUGGUAGAACCCAUCCCUGGAAAUGAUGGUGCUACUUUUUUCACCAUCUCAUCUUAAACCAGGAACAAGAAAUCUGGAGGCCUCUUGAGUCCUAAGAAUACCACAUCUUGUAAGAACCAUUGCUCAUGUAUCUUUUAUCUUCUUUCCUGCCCCUCUUCCUAAGGAGCCCCCACCAUUCUCUGUGUCAGCUUAGCAUUUUAAGAGAAAGGGGAAAGCGAUUUGAUGUAGACAAAGGUUUGUAUGAAAAUAUAAUUCUGCUUUGUUAGCAGCCAUCACACUCUAAAAGGCACUGCUUUUGUUUUCUUGUAACGUUGUGAAAACCUCAUGUCGGAUCGAGAGCUGCGGCCCUCACGACUAAUCGCCUCUCCUUUGUGUUUUUAGAUUAUAGGGGCAAUUAGUGUUGUCAAAACCUCUGGCAAGUCUCUUUGCUCUUGACAGGGUGUCAGUCCGACGGGCGCGAAAUGGAAGGUGUUAUAACUCUCCGGUAAUUAGAAUGCCUCCGAUUUUGAAAAUGCCAGCCAACGUGUAUCAAGCUGGAUGCACGGUGUAGUGGUGGGGGUUGGUGGGGAAGGGAGUUCAGAUGGGGGAUGCAGAUGAGCAAUUAAUUACAGGCUCUCAUUCAGAGCACAUUGCAGGCUGAUGAACAGCAAAGGGAAAUUAGCGUGAUGCUUGUCUCCUAGUGAGUGGGCAUCAACUCCAUUCUUUCUCAUUCUCCUGGUACUGCUGCCUGAGUUUCUAUGUUGAUUUUCAUUGCUACUUGCAUGUUGGAACACCCAUUCCGUUGGUUAGACAAAGCACAAAAUACUAGUAGCAAUGUACAUCAGUGAAAUACAGGUUGCAGGGGCCAUGGUUUUGCUAUGAUAACAAGGCUUUAUAUUAACUACUCCACUAUAAUUUAGUGGAAUACCUCACCAAUGGCUUUUCCAUGUUGUGCUGCCGGUAUUAUAUUUGGUUUUGGACAAGAUUCUUUCAGGUGAAUGUUGGAAGAACUUUGCAACUAACUGUGCUAUUGAAGGAUUAGAAUCUCUGUCCAGCAUGAAGAAGGUUAGACAGUCUGGAUUUUGUUAGGGAGUACCAAGGGUCUUACAGCUUUGAUUCAUGGACUGAUUCUGCUUAAUGGUGCCUCUUUAGCAGUUUUGGAGCAAGCCCACAGCAGUUAAUAAUUAACUUUGUAAGUUGACUCAAAGUGACUUCUGGAAUAACAAAUGAAAAUUUGGGCACCUCCCUCAAGCCAGCAACCUGAGUAAACAGAUAAGACUUGCAACCUGCCCCAAAGGUCAGCAAGCUCCUGAAUGCUUGAACCAACAGGACAGAAGGGGGGGGGAGAAAUUCCCUGGUAGAAUUCCCUCUGCUCAGGUUCCUUCUGAGUGAGGUAACUCCUUGUAAAACUAAAGGUUCCAGUGUCUGUGGCCAUGAUGUCUCCUCAAAUGAUCACCCCACAGCAGAUGCAACAAAUCCUGUCUCCUCCUCAGCUUCAAGCUCUGCUGCAGCAGCAACAAGCAAUUAUGCUGCAACAGCUGCAGGAAUACUACAAGAAGCAGCAGGAGCAACUUCAUCUGCAGCUACUGACUCAGCAGCAAGCUGGAAAGCAGCAAGCCAAAGAGCAGCCAUUAGGGAAUAAGCAGCUGGCAUUCCAACAACAGCUACUGCAGAUGCAGCAGCUGCAGCAGCAGCACCUGUUAAACCUCCAGCGACAAGGGCUGGUCAGUUUACAGCCAGGACAAGGCACCGUUCCUCUGCAGACCCUUCCACAAGCUGUGUGUCCCUCAGACCUUCAGCAGCUAUGGAAAGAGGUUACUGCUACUCAGCCUGUAGAAGACAGUAUCAAGCAAGAGGGACUUGACCUCAGCACCAACACCUCCAAUUCUACCUCGUUUUCGGCCGCCAAGGUCUCUCCAAUUUCCCAUCACCCUCUUCCCAAUGGACAGAACGCCAUGCUCACACAAAGGAGGGACAGCUCUUCUCAUGAGGAGACUCCUGGCUCUCACCCUCUGUAUGGACAUGGAGAGUGCAAGUGGCCUGGUUGUGAAACCCUCUGUGAGGACUUGGGACAGUUUGUCAAACACCUCAAUACAGAACAUGCACUUGAUGACCGGAGCACAGCUCAGUGUCGAGUUCAAAUGCAAGUGGUACAGCAGCUGGAAAUACAGCUAGCUAAGGAGAGUGAGCGUCUCCAGGCGAUGAUGGCCCACCUCCAUAUGAGACCUUCAGAGCCAAAGCCGUUCAGUCAGCCUCUGAACCUGGUUUCCAGCGCCACCCUCUCCAAGAGCACUUCUGAUACCUUCCCUGAUGGAUUACCUCAUCCCCCCACCUCUGCUACUGCACCCAUUACUCCAUUGCGGCAGGGCCCUUCUGUCAUCAGCUCAUCCACUUUACACAAUGUAGGGCCUAUUCGCAGGAGGAACUCAGACAAGUUCUGCACGCCAAUCUCCUCAGAACUUGCGCAGAACCAUGAGUUUUACAAAAAUGCAGAUGUCCGCCCCCCCUUCACAUACGCCUCGCUUAUCCGGCAGGCUAUCCUUGAGACACCCGACAGGCAGCUAACAUUGAAUGAAAUUUACAAUUGGUUCACACGGAUGUUUGCCUACUUCAGGAGAAACACAGCUACCUGGAAGAAUGCUGUACGCCACAACCUGAGCCUACACAAGUGCUUCGUCCGAGUGGAGAAUGUCAAGGGAGCCGUCUGGACUGUAGAUGAACUUGAGUACCAAAAGAGAAGGCCACCAAAGAUGACAGGGAGUCCAACUUUAGUCAAAAACAUGAUUUCUGGCCUUAGUUAUGGAGCACUUAAUGCCAGCUACCAGGCAGCCCUGGCUGAGAGCAACUUCCCUCUGCUGAACAGUCCCACCAUGAUCAACACAAGCUCCACUAGCGGCAUGCUACAUGUCGGCCAUGAUGAUGUGAGCAGCACUGUGGAACAAGUCAACAGUAAUGGCAGCAAUAGCCCCAGGCUUUCACCACAGCAGUAUAGCCACCAAGUCCAUGUGAAGGAAGAACCAACUGAGACAGAAGAUGACAGCAGACCUGUUUCUCUCAUGGCAACAACCAAUCAGAAUGUGACAAUUCCUGAUGACAGAGACAUGGAGGAGGAGCUGCCAGUGGAAGACUUGUCUUAAGGGCCCUCCCUCCUCACCUAGGCCCAGCAUUUCCCCAGAGACAAAGCAAUGGCUCCCACCUCCUCAAGGUGACCUUCAGCGUUAUCUUGUUUAAGGCACUUCUGCAAAGCAAAAGGGUUUCCUUGGGUCUACCCAUUGCUGAAGGCACACACUUCUUUCCCUUCCUUACAUCCCAGUGACUCUUAACAGACAUUCACAGAGGGGGAUGUGCAAAGAAACAAAAACCAGAGUUGAGCUUUUUCUUUAACUUUUUUUUUUAUUUUAUAACUGAUAAACGAGGAUGGUAGGUUGGUUCUGUCCGAAGACUUCUUUGUUGCCUUCCCCUGCUCCAUCACCCCAUUCUCAUGGGGAUAAAAAGAAGGUGUCUCGUAUUGUCUGCUCUGUGUUUUGUCAUUUUCAGCUCAUAUGCCAUAUUGUUUCCACAAAUCAAGAUUUUGGAAGCAUCCAGUCCAGCAGGGGGCAGCAUCCAAGCCAUGGGCUUCUGUGAAUGUCCCUCACUUUCCCAUGGAAAGCAUUUCUAAUAACCUGCCAGUUUAUCCCACUGAGAACUUUGCACUAGGAGGAAUGUUUUUACACACGCACACACUUAGCAUAUAUGCAUACACAACUCACACACACCCUAGCACCAUUUCGACGUACUGGAACAGCAGUUUGAAACUAGAACCCUACAGUGGCCCUGAUGUUGUCCCAGCUUCUGUUCAUUUCCUGAAUGAGAGAGAAAUGGGGGAAAACCGAGCUGGGUAUAAUGAAUACACUGCAGGUCAACAAACAGCCAAAGGGUCUCUCACUGCCACACAUAAAACCACUCGGUUAUUCUUUCUCCAACCUGUGUUUGUGCCCCUGCAAGUUCAAGAAGUAGCCUUCUUUUACCAGUCAUGCUUGACAGGCAGACUUCAGUCCACAAAGCUUUAUUCACCACAAAACCCAGGGAUGAAUUUCCAUUCCGCGCCAUCACAUACUGUGAAAAUUUUACCAGAAGCCAACAGCCAGGUGAUUGGACAGCAAGCUGCUGGAGCCCAGCAUGAGACUGAAUUCAGGGAAAGACUUCUGCAAGACAAACCUUUUGCUUGCUCCUCCCAGCUUCCAUUCUGUCCCUUCCGUUUUCACCCAUGCUGGGAUAAGGCCAGAAAGCAUGACUCUUGGUUGCUCAUGUGGGAGUGAAGAGGUGGGUAAAUGGGAAAGCCAAGUAUAUGCGAGUGGAGCUGACUUAGCAAAGCCAGCAAGAUCUGAAGCACUUGUGGUGGGGGGAGGGGGAAGUGGGGACAGGCCAAUGUAUGUGGCUGUAGAAACCAAGAGCCGGUUGACCAUGCAAAACUCAAAGCAAUAUAAAUGUAAGGUCAACAAACUUUUUCCUUCGUGACCAAACACAGCAACGCUAUGAUGAAGAACUCAUUUCCUUCUAGACAUUAGCUUGUCUAGUGGAAAUAUAUCCAACCACACAAUUGGUAUGCUAGCAAUUAGUUCCUAGAUGUCAACUAAGGGGGAACAAAAGUUUCCAAAACGUUACAGUAGGAUCUAGUACAUCUUUCAGGUGAACAAACAGUGUUAACCAAAAACCCUUCCCACAGCCUUUUUAUUUUAUGUUAACUCAUUGUCUGAUGCCUCAAAUUAGAAUUUCAGGACGGAGAAGCAAGAGGAAAUUCCAGGGGCUCUUCUCGGCAGAAAAAUAAUGGUUUCCCAAGGCUCCUCUCCCUCUACUUCCAUGAGAGGGCAACCAAAAAGCUCCCUCUUGGUGACCAACAAACUGUCUUGGCCAUUGUGGGACAAGAUAUGCAGUGGGUCAAAGAAGAUGGAUACUGGGCUUUUGAGGAGCCUCUUUCUAAAGCAAGCUCAUGUGUGUCCACUCUCCCACGUGUAAAUUUGUGUAACCUAGGGCUUAUCCACACUUCCUUUUUUUCCCUGUGAUUCCCAGUCAUGGGUCUGAGAGGUUCUUUUUUUUGUCCCACUGCUUCCUUCACUAGGAAAACCUGUUUACUGCUGAAUUGGAAUAAACGCUUAUCUACAGAAAAUCCGGUAGAUGGGGUUUACCGAUUCAGCAGUAAACAGCAGGUUUUCCCGCGAAAAGCAGUGGAACCCAAACCUAUUUUGUGCCUAGAAAUCAUGGGACAAACACAAGUGUGGAUGAGCCCCCACAUUAAGGGUCUAAUCGUGAUACAGGAGUUUCAUCAUCACCUUUUGGGAAAACAAGCUGGUACUUGGCCACACCUGGACGACUCCCAAACCAGCAAAGACAGUGUGUUCUGUAUGCAACCCUUUAUGUUAGAAGAGUAAGCUGCCAUAGCCAUGUUUCAACACUGAAAUUCAGCAUAGAUUAGCUUGCUGGAUGCCCUCCCCAGACUAAGGCCCCCCAAAGACAUUGGAGCAAAAUAGUCAUGAUUAAUUUGCCUUAGGAUUCCUUUGCACCAUUCUUUGUUUCAUUAUUAGGUAAUGUUUUUUCCCAUCUAUUGUUCAAAGCACCAUCUGGUAAAGUGAGGGGUAAUACCAUCUGGGUAAGGAAGAGAGCUAACCUGCUCAAAAUGUUGCCUCUUUAGCCUGUAUGCACCAUUGCUCCAUUUAUCUCCAGCACAGUGCAUUUUAAUGGUGUUAAAAUUCUUCCUUAAAGUCUCCUUUCACCAGCUGGCAGACCAUGAUAACAAUCCCUCCUUCUUCUUUUCCUUAAUUCCUAAGCUUAGUUUAAAAGGUUACAGUAAAUCAGCUGGCACUUCUUGUGCCUUUUUGCCUCCACUCUACCUCUUCUUAAGUGUACAGAAUGACACAUUAGUUCUAUACAACCCCAAACUUACGUUUGUAGAUGAAUGGUGAUUGGGAUCAGACCCCUUAACCAAGAUCAAAUUCUCUCUCUCUCAAAAAAGGUGCUCUCUGAUUAGUCUCUGCAACAGCUCUAAAACCACCUAGCAGAAUCAUUUGAGUCUGUUUGCUCAAUUUUUCCAGUGGAAUUACCUCCUAGAAGGAUCUCUGGUGGGUUACACUAGAACAAUAUAUCUUUUUAUUAAAUUCUGGAACACCAUGCACUAUGAUCUCUAGUCACCUUCUUGGCCAGUCUCCCCACCCCUUUGUGUUAUUUUUUCUAAAUAAUAUUGCUGAUGGAAGGGAAGCCUGCCCCUCAAGUCACAAAGAACAGAGAUUGAUGUUACCCCAUGCAAGCCUUAUCUAAGCGAUUGUAUUUGUCCAUGUAUGUAACACUCAAUACUUCCUCUCUAACACUUUCCUUCUCCUGAAACUUCAUAUUGAGUAGUGCGCUUAAGUGACCCAGAUUUGUAUCACACCUAGACAAAAAUGAAAAGCAGUAAAGAUAUAUAAAAAAGCUUUCCUUCCUUCCUUCCUUCCUUCCUUCCUUCCUUCCUUCCUUCCUUCCUUCCUUCCUUCCUGAAUCAUGGCUGCAAGAAUAAAGAAAUGCCACAGUCCUCACUCAGAAAACCACCAAUGCUUGGUUCCUGAAGUCUACACCACAGGGCUCCACUGAGCAUAAAUUCCCCCUACUCAACUUCCUGACUUCUCCAACCAGCAGAGCAGAAUUGGAGUUUAUUAUCUAGAUUAAUUGAGGGUAGUUGCUCUGGUUUGAUGAGAUGCGGACUGCAUACCUAUUGGAAGAAAGAGGGGCCAUCUUUAAGCUGCAGUAAGCUGGAGGUGAUCUUGCUUAAGGGAUGUGAAUCAAAUUUAAGAAGCUGUAAAUAACCUUCCCAGAGAAACUAUCCAUUGCCAGUGAGUGGCUGGCUUGGCAAAGCCUGCAAAUACAAUCAAUACAGGACUGCAAGAGCUGAAAAUACCUCAGAACCUUUUGACUGUCUAUCCAUCCCUCAGGGCCCAGCGCAACUCCAGAAGCAGCUUGAGGAAAAUGUCCCCAUCCUUAGUUUGAGCAGAAACACACCACACCUCACUUCCUCCUUGGGACCAGAUCUCAAUGCCUCCCCAGUGCCCUCUUCAGAAUGCUUUACAAUUGGCUUAACCGUUGACCAAAGACCUUUCUUAGACAAGAAGCAUAAACCAAAACACUUUUUGUUUUAAUUUUUUUUGGUGCUUUUAUUCUGAAUUAUCCCAACAGGCAUAGGCCAAAAAGAAAUUCACAAAGAUCCUGCACCCCUUUAGCCCUUUUGUCACUUUCUUUUGAUUUUAAGUUAUUAUUUAAGCCAAAGUUUACAGGUGCUGUUUUGUACGCUUCUAAUGAAGGUAGACCAGAAUCAUGGAUUGCUGCUUCGUGUUAGUCAUUUGCUUUACUAAGGGUACACCGUGGAGUCUAGAGAGGGUUUGCAUUCCAUGGGUCUCUCUUGAACCUGCUUCUGUCUCACUCCCCUUUUCCGAUCAUAGCUUCCUUCAUUUCAGCUAUUAUCAGAGGUUGUUUGUGCAGUUUGGGAUUCUUCUCUUUGUUUUCAGCAGUCGUUCUUUAAUUUCCAAAGUUUUGUUGUUCUAACCCCUUUCCUCAUCCAAAAUGAUUGGGAGCCUUGUCAGAUCUUGAAGGCAUUGUCUGAGUAGCAUGCGUUUUGAAAAGCUCACAGAAGAUUCAUUGUAGCCACUCAAGGCAUUGAGAGUCAAUUAACACAUUUACAUAGUGUGAGAUGGCAGAAUUGUGGGCCGCAUGAUUUCAGGCUGCAGGGGACGAGGCUGUUGUGGCCAUCUUUUUAAUGCUCUCAUACAUUGAAAAAUGUUUUUCUUCUUUUUAACUCCCUGCAUGUAAUAAAUUGCAUGUAGGAAAUUAGGCUAAAACAUAGGGUGGGAUUCGCCUAACAAACUCCAUCAGUUUGUGCAUCAGGGCUUCCUGCCUCUCCCCAUGCCCCUAAAAUUGGGUUGGGAGAAUCCCAGAAUCGCGCAUCAUUCCAUCUGGCAAGGCAGAACAUCUGCAACAGUGCAGCAUUGAAUUACACCCUCUGUCUUCUCCCUGAUGUACUAGUUUAAUAUAAACUGGAUGAUUAUUUUUACAUGACAGAGGGUUUGUUUAAGAUUCCUGUAGUCUGAAAUGAUUCCUUCUGGAAUUCUGCCACCUUAUUCUAUUUAAUGUGUAGAUCAACUUUGCAAUAAGGUAUUUAUUGGAUCUUUGUCUUACUCCAUCAUGAUCCAUGUACGACUGUAGUAUGUCAGGUUGCUUUGAAAACAACUCUAGAGCUGAGUGGUUAUACCCAAGUGGUGUUUAUCUUGCCCCUUGGUAUUCUUUCCCCAUCAAUUCCUACUAAGUUCCAUCAAUUUGAACUCUUCAAAGAUGCUACCAUUCUGACUCACUGACCUCUGUCUGUUUUUCUCCUACCUGGUACAAUAACUUCUGUUAGGCACCUGCAGCUGGUCCUGGGGUGCCCAGUAUAUGCGUUGUUCUGCCAGUAUUAAAGUGGUGUUACCUGGUGCUGUACAGCCAAUAUCUGAACUGUAACCAUCCUCACUUGCGGGAAGAGGUUCUCUUUAGAAAUAUAACUGUCUCUGUUUAAACCAAAGCCUGUGCCUCACUGUUUGGGUUUGUUCAACUUGACUCACUUAUUGGAGGGGCCCGAGAAAAGGGAGCAUGUUGGUCAUAGUUAAUAUAUUAACUGCCCAUUAUCUCAAACCAGCUGGAGGCAAGGGAUGGAGCAACUAGUGCUGAAUUGUUGCUGCAGUGCUGGGAAUAUGGCAACUAGUUUAUACUUUAGGUAGAAUCAAAUGGUAAAACUUUUCCUGGACUGCAUUGCUUUGGGUUACAGGUGGAGGCAAAGGUGGUUGUUUGCCCUGUGCAGGAUUUUUCCUCCAUUAGAAAGUCAAACAAGCGCCACCAUCCACCUACAUCCUCAUGGUGCAGUCCAGGAAAAGCUUAACCAUGAUUCUGAUGAAUAUAAAAACUGGCCCCAAGUUCUGGACCUGGAGCAGCAAUAACAACCUCAGUGGCUUGCGCUGUCAUAUUUAUAGAGAAUCUAGCCUUGACUGAGAAUCUUGAUUAACUUGGUGGGACACUGCCCACUCAUCCAUCCCUGAUUGGGCACUUACUAUGACUCCAGUGAAAGUAUUUCCAUGCACAUAGAAAACUAGUUGUUGGAAAGACAGGUUGUCCUUGACAUCUGAAGGAGCAUUCAGUCACAUGAAGUAGUCCAGCUCAGACACAGAUUCCUUUAUCCCUGUGAGAACUACACUAUAUUACUACUAAUUAUGGAAGGAAUUUGUAUGUGUUUAUCUGUGUUGAUUAUUAUCUUAUUUAGUUUCUCAAACAGUGAUUCCUACCCCUCCAAAUGCUAGAGGGGCAUUACCCCCCCCCAUGUUGCAACCCACUAGCUUUAAAACAUUGGAUGUGCUGUCCAAACAUCACUGCUUUGUAUGUUACAACCAGGAUUUUGCAUCAGAAUUGACAGUGUGCGGGGUGUAUGCAUAUUGGUCACUAGGCAAGUGGCAUAGUUUUGAAUCUCUUUGGAUUUUCAAAUCCACCCCUGGUCCUGAAGAGAGCCAGCAUACAUGUGAGCUGGAUAAUUAAAGAGGAGGUUUGGGGUGUCGUUCUCUCAGUCCUCCAAACUUCUGUGCCCUGCAAUUGUUUCCAUUUCCAUGGCUCAAGUCAAAACUUGGCUUGGUUCAUUUUUUCUUGUGUUUCUGACUUUCCUAGCAAAAGCUAUUUGAACUAGGGUCUUAAUUUCACGUUGAUUGCUUCUACAUCUUUCUAAUUUUCAGUGGUAAUGCACUGUCCCAAUGAAAGAAAUGUACCCCAAAACUAGAGUGGUUCUGAUGUUUGGUUGCUUUAAGAUUCUGCCUCAUCCUUUAUACACAUAAAGGAGUGCCAUUAUAAUAACAGAGUUUCCACAUGACUCGUGAGCUUGCCUGUGUAUAAAGCUGCAAAGAUUAUUACUUGCAAAACAGCAAGUCCUAAAUUCAUUCAUAUCAAUAACAGGAUUCCCACUAACUUUACUGGGCAACUGAUCAGGAUCUGCGCUAUCCCUGCUCUUUCUAGACACAACUUCAAGAAUCUUUACAGGUGCUUGAUUAAUAACAGGACACUGAAGAAAGACUAUAGUUCAGUAUCACUGAAUCCAUGCUGUUCACUACAGCUAUUCAAUUUGUGGUCUGUUUGCCCUCCGACAGCUUCAAGUGUGAAACUUGCUCCUGUUUUUUCUUAUUGAUUGAACUGCUAUGGCUACAGUUGGCAUAAUUUUCUUUAGAUGCUACCUUUCAUUUAAAUCUGACUCAAGCUACCUGACCAAGAUCCUUUCUUAUGUCCAGGUCAUGGCUUUGAGUGUCGUCUUACUGUGUUUUCCUGGAUCAUAGGGGGAUAUCCCCAUUCCUCUAAUGUUUAUCUUUCUGUGAGAAUUCCUUUGAAAAGGGUUUCAGCCUGGCAACACCAACUCUUUAGAAGUGAUGGACAACAAUGAGCAUAGUUGUUAGGACAUGAGCAACUGCUUGGCAAAUGGUCAGAUCUACGCAGCCCUUGUUAUUGAAGUCAGUGUGUUUCGUUACACUGGUGUAAAUUCAGAAAAAGUUAAUGGUCAAGCGUUCCUAGAGAAAAAGAGCAAAUCCAAAUACUGUUGAGAUAUUAUUUCUCUUAGAUUAAUAUAAAUGUGUUUAGAAUAAGCUUGGGAAAUCCAUAUUGUUCCUUCUGGCCUUCCCAGCAAAAUCAAGAGUAAUGAUGACUGACUGAAUUCUCUGCCCAGAAUUGUACAAAACGUAUUCCUGUGCUGCGAUUUCAUCUGUAAGGUGUUCUUUCUAUUCUGCUGUUGCAAAAAGUGGAGGCUCUUUAUACAGACUGGGAAAGUGCCUCUAGUCUAUAGUUUUCUGGCGGCAGGUUAAACAUCUGAUUUUUUUCCGGAUUGUUUUUUCUUCCGCUCAAAAUUGAAUAAUUCCCGUAAUGCCAUAUUAAAAACAUCAGCACCCAUAUGUAAAUGCAAUAUAUGCACCAACAGACAAUGAAUCUAUGGCAUCUUCUCUUAACAGUUAAGGCAUCCAUGCAAUUUCUUUCACCUCAUGAAAUGUGCCCAUUUACUGUUGUUCCAUAAGUCAUUUUGGAAGAGUAGUUUACCACAGAGUUUCUUUUUGUGGCUUUAAGCUCUUGUAACUUGGUUCAGUGUCCUUUAUUCCUCAUCCCCUGUUCAUGAAAAGUAUGGCUGGCAUGAGCCUUGGAGAGUUCUCUUUCUUAAGCUGAAAAUAUCUAGGCACUUAACUUUUCCCAAAUUUCAUUAGGUACAUCUGUUUUUUUGCACAAAUAACUUUUCACAAAACUCUGUUUCACUCAAACUACGUAUAGUUAUGUGUUUUUAUGGUUUUUGUUGUUACCUCAAAAUGGCUUUUAAAGGGGUAGUGUGGAAAAGACCAAACCCAACUUGUGGCAGGAUAGUAUCUGUAUAUAUUGAUAUAUAUGCUGGUUAAAAACCUACUAAAAUUAGUUUAUUGUUGUCUAUUUAACUAUCCUGUGAUGAAACUAAUGCAGGGAAUAUUUUAGGAAGGUUUUUUUCCCCUUAUUCUGGAAUUUAGGAAGCCAUUCUUGUAUCUCUCUUUGACUUGACUUGGAUGCUGUUCCAGUUCUUUAUGCUGUCUUUGGUUUGUUUUCUUUCUGAAAAUUAGGUUGUAGAAAUGGUGAGGGUGGGAAGAGAGAACCUGUUGCUUAAAAGAAAUUGGGAUACUGAUGUAAUCAUUUCCCUUUCCUCCUCACUUCCUCAAAGUUGGAGACUUAAGAACAGAAGCAAAACACAUUUUAUUAAACCAAAGGUGUGUGUGUUUCAAUUUUGUAUGUUUACAUAAUCUUUAAUAGGUAUAUUUCAAGGGGAGAGAGACAAAAAUCCCACUCAGAAAAACCCACAAGAGCCUGUUCUGUUUAUCCAUUCUGUAGAUUUUCAAGUGUUCAACUCCACAUAAAUGUGGUCACUCUGCAUAAUUUGCAGAGGUUUUGUUUUAGUUUUUUUCCUUCUUCAAAUUUAGACUAUUCCAAAGUGCUGAAGGAUUUGUCAAAUGGGAGUCUUCUUAUUACUCAUUGCAAUGGGGCUGUUCUUCUGUAGGAAUGAAAUACUGGUGGCCCCAUUGCCCUGUUGUUCACUUUGACCGUUUGCUAUUCGGAGCAGUUUUCCUGUUAACCUUCCCAAAGAGUUGAAGCUCGGCUUCUCUGAGCUAUUCACCACUUGGCAUUCUUGUCUUCCAAAUCUCUCACUGAAUCUCAGGUGGCAGAAAAAUCACCCAGGAAACAAUGACUAGUGACUUUCAAACCUUAUCAGCUUAGCAGUUUGGCAUGAGCCAAGGGGUCACUGAUCUCAUUGAAUGGAAAUGGGGAGGUUAACAUGUCUCCUGAAAUGACCUGAUUUGCUAAUUUGUAAUACUUAAUUUUGCCUCCAGGGGCUCCUCCUCCUUAGAUCUUCUCUAUUGCAAGUGGAUCUGUUCUCCUUCAUCCUAGUACCCAACAUACAGUGGGAGGGUAGGGGACUGUGGCAUGUCAGCACUCUGUUGUCUUUUCCUUCUCCUGGUACCCGGGAAGGUGCAAGAAA